AGUAUACAUAUCCAAGAAGAAUAAGAUGGCCACCACCAUGAAAUUCGUCUCUUUUGCUAUGCUGCUUGCACUUAUUUUCUCUGAUCUGCUUUUACGGAAAGUAAUUCGUUGUGCUGCAAUACUCAUCCAAAAUUCGGAAAAUGCAAUACAGCUCAAGAUGAAGUCAGAUGCAACAAUUGGUGUCUUAAAGGUUGUGAUAAUGGCAAAGGUGGUUUCUGCAAGCAUCUUCAUCAUGGAAGACAAUGCCAUUGUUUCUGUUAAU